GGGAGGGAGGCUCUGCUAUGCUACCCACCGCCAGUUGUGUGUCCAGUUCGUUAGCUAUGUGUGUGUCCAGGAAAGUGAAGGGAGACUCCUAGCUAUAUGUGGGUGACCCAGGCUAAUGUUACGCGUGUCAGAAGGAGCGAAUGAGCAACUUUCGUCCACGUGCUUGAGAGAUCGUGUCGACAAUAAACGAGUCGAGUUCUCGGGACGACAGACGGGGAGUCUCGGAUGUGUCAAUAAAAGAUUUGUCAGGGGAACUUGUCAAGGACUAAGAGGAUAGAUACUACAGCAAACAAGUCCAGGAGAGGAUCCAGCUAUUGGGGGAGUGUAAUAUGAAAAAGGACCAGGAGGACACCUUAGGUUUUGUCCCUCAGAAAGACAUUGUCUACAACAAACUCCUUCCUUAUGCAGACAAACUAGACAAUGAGUCUAAUAUCAUUUUGGCCAGCAUCAAGGGGAACUUGGCUCGGGCUGUCCAUCUCAGGGAGCUGUGGCCCGGAGUUCUCUUCUGGACGAGAAAACUCUCGACGUAUCUUCGUCUCUAUGGCAGAAAGUUCAGUAAGGAAGACCAUGUGCUCUUCAUUAAGCUCUUGUACGAGCUGGUCACCAUCCCUAAGCUGGAAAUCAGCAUGAUGCAGAGCUUUGCUCGACUCCUCAUCAAUUUACUCAAGAAAAAAGAGUUGCUGUCACAGGAUGACUUGGAGUUGCCUUGGAGACCCUUGUACGAGCUCUAUGAGAAGAUCCUUUACUCAAAAACCGAACAUCUUGGUCUCAACUGGUUUCCAAAUUGUCGAGCAGAAGCCUCCCCUAAACAAAAAAUGCUUAAUUAUGUUCGCAAGCGCUCUGUGGAGAAUGUGCUGAAGACAUUGGUGAAAAGCUGCAGAUUAUAUUUCCCAGUGUCUGCCACACAGGAGAUGUUAGAUGAAUGGCGGCCGUUGCUGUGCCCCUUUGAUGUCACCAUGCAGAAAGCCAUCAGCUACUUUGAGCUCUUCCUGCCCACAAUCAUGCCCCCAGAGCUACACGACAAAGGCUUCAAAUUAUGGUUUGAUGAGCUGAUGGGUCUGUGGGUCUCUGUGCAAAAUCUGCCCAGCUGGGAAGGGAGUCUCGUGAAUCUUUUUGCCCGCUUGGCCAACGACAACAUUGGAUAUGUAAACUGGGACCCUUACAUACCAAAGAUCUUCACCAGAAUUCUGCGGAGCUUCAAUUUGCCUGUAGGCACUAGUCAGAUGGUGGUCCCGAGGUACCUGACCAACUCUUAUGACAUUGGUCAUGUUGUCCUCUGGAUCUCCUCUAUGCUGGGAGGUGUCCAAAACCAAGUCCAGAAGCAGCUUAACGGCUUGUUCAGCAGCAUCGCCUCCUUCUACCAUCCUUCCAACAAUGGCCGCUGGCUGAUGAAGCUGAUGAAGCUGCUGCAACGUUUGCCAGCAAGUGUGGUGCGCCGGGUGCAUCGUGAGCGUUACAAGAAGCUCUGCUGGAUCACGCCCGUCCCCUCCAGCCACCGCCUCACUGACCAGGACAUCACAGACUUUGUGGAGAGCAUGAAACAGCCGGUUCUUUUGGCCAUGUUCAGUAAGACGGGGAGCAUGGAUGCAGCUCAGGCACUACAGAACCUGGCUCUGAUGAGGCCAGAACUAGUCAUCCCUCCUGUGCUUGAAAAGACAUACCCUGCCAUGGAGACCCUGACUGAGCCCCACCAGCUGACAGCCACUCUCAGCUGUAUGAUUGGCAUGGCGCGCAGUCUGCUCAGUGGUGGACGACACUACCCAGAAGGCCCUGCCCACGUCCUGCCCCUGCUCAUGAGGGCGCUGCCUGGCGUUGACCCUAACGAUUUCAGCAAAUGCAUGAUAACAUUCCAGUUCAUCGCUACAUUUACUACCCUUGUGCCUUUGGUGGACUGCUCCUCUGCCCUUCAUGAGCAGAAUGACUUGAGUGAGAUGGAGAGAGAGCUGUGUUCAGCCUCAGCUGAGUUUGAGGAUUUUGUCCUGCAGUUUAUGGACAGGUGCUUUGCACUGAUUGACAGCAGUACCCUGGAGCAGACCCGAGAGGAAACAGAGACUGAAAAGAUGACCCAUCUGGAGAGCCUAGUAGAGCUUGGCCUGUCCUCCACCUUCAGCACCAUCCUCACACAGUGCUCCAUGGAGAUAUUCAAGGUGGCUCUUGAGAAAGUUUUCAACUUUGCCACUACCAACAUCUUUGAGACUCGUGUGGCUGGACGAAUGGUAGCAGAUAUGUGCAGAGCGGCCUCUAAGUGUCACCCUGCUGAGUCCCUGAAACUGUUUGUGCCACACUGCUGUAACGCUAUCCUUCAGAUCACUGCCAAUGAGGAUGUUUUGAAUGAGGAGGAACUGGAUAAGGAGAUGUUGUGGAACCUCCAGCUGCUGUCUGAGGUGACCCGGGUGGACGGAGAGAAACUGCUCCCUUACCGCACUCAGCUGGUCCAGAUCCUGCAGUUGACCUUGCGGCUACGCUGUAAGCAAGGCUACACUCUGGCCUGCAACCUGCUGCAUCACAUCUUGCGCUCCACUGCCCUCACAUACCCCACUGACUACUGCAGUGUUCCAGGUGGCUUCAACAGACCUCUGAACCAGUAUCUACCCAUUAAGGACUGGGGUCGUCCAGGUGACCUUUGGAACCUGCAGGUCCAAUGGCAUGUGCCCAGUACAGAAGAGACAGCUUUUGUGUUCUACAUCCUGGACCUCCUGCUACAGCCAGAGCUUCAGCGCCUGCAGAGAUACGCCCAGGGCGAGCAGAACAUGAGCAGGGAUGAUGUUUUGCAGAGUCUCUCCAUUGUACAGCACUGCUUAUUGGGAGCUGGCUGCAUGUUACCCCCUCUGAAUGGACCACCUGUCACUGGCCUAGUUCACAGCAUGGUCAGCUUGGACGAAACUAAGCUCUUCAUUGGGGUUGACUAUGAUGUGUCCAGAGAGAACUACAGAGAAGCCAUCUGUAAAGUAAUGAGACAGCUGUUGCAUUACAUCCUGGAACACUCAGAGGAUGACACAAAAUCCCUUUUUGCCGUCAUCAAGAUCAUAAAUGACCUAAUGCAUUUCAAAGGCUCUCACAAGCAUGAGUUUGACUCGCGUUGGAAGAGCUUCACAUUGGUUAAGAAGUCUAUGGAGAAUAGGCUUCAUGGAAAGAAACAGCACAUUCGAGCCCUUCUCAUUGAUCGAGUCCUUCUGCAGCAUGAGAUGCGUAAACUGCUAGUAGAGGGCUGUGAAUACAAAACUGUUCACCAAGAUCUUUUGAGGGACCUUCUACGUCUCUCUACCAGCACCUACAGUCAGGUCCGCAGCAAAGCACAGAGUGUUUUAUUCAAUGCUCUGGGUACGUAUAACUUCUGCUGCCGAGACAUCACCCCUCGGGUGCUGGAGCUGCUGGAGCCCACACGGAGCGAUGUAACUCAGCAACAGUUCAAGGGUGCUCUGUACUGUCUGCUGGGGAACCACGGCGGUGUGUGCCUGGCUAACCUGCAUGACUGGGACUGCAUUGCUCUGACCUGGCCAGCUAUGGUCCGCUCAGGCCUCAGUGCUGCCAUGUCCCUGGAGAAACCCUCUAUCGUCAGACUCUUCGACGACCUCGCAGAUAAAGUCCAUCGUCAGUAUGAGACUAUUGGCAUCGACUUUACGAUGCCGCAGAGCACGCUGGAACUGGGCUUGAAGAUUUCACAGUCAGGCAACCCGGCUCCUAGCAUAAACCUCCCGUCAGAACAGGAGCUGGAGAAGGGACUCACUCUGCAGCAGGCCAAAAAUCUGGAUGCUGUACAGAAAUACGAAAAACUGGUGAACGACCUCUUAGAGUGCCUUGAUGACAGGAACCUGCCUUGGAAGUUUGAGCACAUUGCCAUUGGGUUCUUAUCUCUGCUGCUGAGAGAUGAUCAUCCUCUCCCUGCUUCUGCAGUGCACUUUUUUGUCCGGAGUCUGAAUCACGAUGCACUCAUCGUGCGAAAGGUGGCAAUUUCUGCUGUAGCUGGCAUACUCAAGCAGCUGAAGAGGCCACGCAAGAAAAUGGCCAUCAUACCUGGAGACGUCUGUGGAGUAAAGGAGGUGGAGGGUCUGGUAGCUGGAGACAGACCAGGUAAUAACUGGCUUCAGUACCAUGCUGAUACAUUGCCACGCACCGACCAGGACUGGGACAACUACCGCUUUGUGGAGAAGACUCACUGGGGCUACUACUGUUGGCCAAAAAAGCUGAUGUUGUAUGCUCCUUUGGAGGAGCAACCAAAAGACCUGACCCCUGAGGAGAUGAAUGAGAGCGAGAAAAUCAUCUACGAGCAGUUUUCAAACCCCACGUUCAUCAGCCAGCUCAUCGAGUUCUUGUCACUGGAGGAUCGCAAGGGCAAAGACAAGUUCAACCCCCGCCGCUUCUGUCUCUUCAAGGGUCUGUUUAGGAACUACAGCGAUGCCUUCCUGUCUGUGCUUAAACCUCAUAUGGAGCGCUUGGCAGGCGACUCCCAUGAGAGCACUCAGCGUUGUGUGGCUGAGAUCAUCGCUGGCCUGGUGAGAGGCAGCAAGCACUGGAGCUACAAGCAGGUUGAGGCGCUGUGGGAGUUCCUGAUUCCUUUAAUGCGAACAGCGUUAUCUAACAUCACCGUGGAAACCUACACUGAUUGGGGCACAUGUGUAGCUACUGCCUGCGAGAGUAGAGACCCCCGGAAGCUGAGCUGGCUGUUGGAGAUGCUGAUGGAAUGCCCCCUUAGUGGAGAAGGAGGCUCAUUUGUCGAUGCCUGCCAUCUGUAUGUGCUGCAGGGUGGUCUAGCUCAGCAGGAGUGGAGGGUGCCGGAGCUGCUGCACAGGCUUCUCAUGUACCUGGAACCAAAACUCACCCAAGUGUACAAGAAUGUGCGAGAGCGCAUCGGCAGUGUGCUGACCUACAUUUUCAUGCUUGAUGUCACCCUCCCGAACACACUGCCCACCAAGUCACCUCACCUUGCAGAGUUUACUGAGAGGGUUGUGUCUCGUCUGAAGCCUCUUCUGGAGGGAGAAGAGGAGAUUCAGAAUCAUGUGGUGGAAGAAAACGGAGUGGGCGAACAGGAUGAGAGGACACAGGCCAUCAAAUUGCUCAAGACCGUACUGAAGUGGCUGAUGGCUAGCGCUGGCCGCUCAUUCACUACUCCAGUAGCCCAGCAGCUCCAGCUUUUACCUCUGCUGUUUAAGAUUGCCCCAGUGGAGAAUGAUGACAGCUAUGAUGAACUAAAGAGGGAUGCUAAGACCUGCUUGUCUCUCAUGUCUCAGGGGCUCCUCUAUCCGGAACAGAUCCCUCUGGUGCUCAAGGUUCUGAAUGAGAUUGCAGGCAGCAGCUCCUGGCAUGCCCGCUUCUCCGUGCUGACCUAUCUGCAGAUAAUGGUCUUUUACAACUUGUUCACAAUGCUGAGUAAUGAGCAGGCCGUCCAAGGGGUUCGAGCAGUGGUGCUCAGAUUACUGGAAGAUGAACAGCUGGAGGUCCGGGAGAUGGCUGCCACCACACUCAGUGGUUUCCUACAGUGUAACUUCUUGACUAUGGACGUCUCCAUGCAGACGCAUUUUGAGGCUCUUUGCAAAACUAGGCUGCCUAAGAAGAGGAAGAGAGACCUGGGUUCUGUUGUGGACACCAUUCCCUCAGUUGAUCUGGUGCGGCGUCAUGCAGGAGUGCUGGGUCUCAGUGCUUGCAUUCUGUCCAGCCCAUAUGAUGUCCCCACAUGGAUGCCCCAGCUGCUCAUGGACCUCAGUGCCCACCUCAAUGACACACAACCCAUCGAGAUGACUGUGAAGAAGACUCUGUCAAAUUUCCGCCGGACUCAUCACGACAAUUGGCUGGAGCAUAAACAGCAGUUCACAGAUGACCAGCUGGUGGUUCUCACUGACCUGCUUGUGUCACCCUGCUACUACGCCUAGAUGAAAUGGAAUGUGGUCUUACUGGAACAUUAUUCUUUGGAAUGAUUUGACUCUUCUGUUGUUGAGAAAGUGUGGACUGAGAUGCACACAGCAGGUAGGGAGAGGGAGGACAUAGGUUGUGGGGGGAUUUGGGGGGGGGGAGGGUAAAAACAUGGAGAAGAAGAGCAAAGCAAUACAUUGAGUUUAGGGAGGGAGCGGGGAGGGGGGUUCUGUACGUACUGUAUGUAUGUAUUAAACCCACGUUUUGCAUUUCUACUAUACUUAAUAUUUAAGGUUUAUCAGCGCAGGGAUGAAAGGCCUGCAGUCUGUAAUAUUAUUGUACAGAUAGAUUUUUUUUUUCCUUUUCCUGUAUGAGUGGAAGCGUGUGGACAUGUGUGAUGAAGGACAGGCUUCCUGUGAAUCUGGUCUCCCACUCAAUUCUCUCUCCCGGCCAUUCACUGAACAGAGGUUGCCAAUGUCUGGUCUCUCUUUUUUUUUAAUUAGGAUAUUUGAAGACAUGGUCAUUUUUUGAGCUGGUGAGCAAUCAGUUCAAUUCUAUAAUGUUAUAUUUCACUUCUUUCACCUAGCUCCUCCUCAUUCGGUGAAGCCAAAUGAGGCUAGAGUCCAGCAGCUCAUUUAAUGAGUCAAACUCAUGUAAUGAAACCUUCCUGCUGAAGGUGUACUCUGGGACAGAUGUUGGGAACCUCCAGCACCUGACUCUGGGCCGAGCUCCUGUGCACCAGCAUCACCUCAGAAUGGACGUUUCCGUUUAGUGUUGCUGCUUUUUUUUUUUUUAAUGACCGGUUGCCCUGGCCUGUCUGAUGGGACUCAGACAGAUGGCUGUUGCGUAUCACUCAGAUCACAUGCCAUGAUAAGUCCUGUCCUGUUUGUGUAUUUAUAUAUGUAUAUGUGUAUGUAUGUACUGUACAUAUGCAUUUAUCUAUGCAUAAACGUAUUAUACGUUAAUUCAGCUAAAAAGAAAAAAAAAAGUUCUGCUGGAUAAAAAGAGAAAAAAAAAAGAAGAAGAAAAGAACCAGCCAGGAGUGAGUGGAAGUGUGAGUGUGUGUUUGUAGUGGUGAGUUCAUGAACAGAUUUGAAGUGCAUGUGCAUGUUAGGGUGUGUGUGGGGUUGUGUGAAUGUAGAUCUCUGUCUGUCUGUCUGUCUCUCAGUCUGUGUGUGUGCGCGUGAGCAUGUUCGUAUUUUUAAUUUGAUUUAAGGUUGCGAUUGCGUGUCUGCAGUGUUACUCGGUUACUUAUGUGGCAUGUGACUGGGGAACCUCCAUAGACGUGUGUACACACACAAACACACACACAUGCACACAGACACACACAUUAUUCUUCUCGUUCUACCCCGUACUCCAAGCCUAACAGACUUUAAGCAGUAGUGUCCUCUGAAGCGUACAUUUCACACACCCUUAAAAAGCUUCAGAUAACAUCCUUCUAACUCCAGUUAGGAGUGCACCCAGGAUAGUUCUGUUCUGCAUUAUGGGAUGUCCAUAACAGAACCACUGUGUAGCUUAGUGCCAAAACUGCAGUGAUUUUUCUCUAUUUUUUUAGAUGUAUUGUUUGCUUGUUUUACCCAAGAAAAAAAAGCCAAUAAAUGUAUUUUGUUUUUAACAAA